UAUAUUUAGAUGAAACAUAUAUACACAGCGGACAUACUUCUUCCAAGAAUUGGACAGACGAUUCAACAAAAGGUUUGUUUUCUGUUAUUUCUAAAGGCCAAAGGCUUAUUAUAGUUUACGGUGGGGGGGGAAAUGAGUUUUAUCAGAAAUAGUUUGUUGAUAUUCAAAUCAGGUACCAAGUCUGUUAUCAUUCCGAAAUCAAUUCGGAAAAUUACGGCAAAUGAUUAAGAGAAAAGUUAAUACCCAAUCUUCCACUAAUUCAGUAAUUACUUGUGAUAGUUAUCACAAUGUACAGACAAAUCGAACACCUAAUUUCAAUUCUUUGAAGAAUGAUAUGAUCGAAUGGUUGACAAAAUACAACAUACCUUUUAAUCCAACAAGUUUGAAACCAGAGUUCUAUGAAAUGAUUAAAUCUCACAAGGACCGACAUGUAAUAUAUGCAUUUAAUGAGUUGGGUCGAGAAUACGCCCACACCGCUUUACGGUUACCCCCAUAUCACCCCGACUUGAACCCUAUCGAAGUGUUUUGGGCAACUGUUAAGAAUAAUGUCAGUCAAAGGAAUGUUACCUUUAAGUUAGAAGACGAAUUUAACAAAAUCGUAAUGGAGGAAUGGAAAAAGUGAUGCGAUCAUGUUAUAAAGGUAGAAGAUAAAUGUUUUGAAAGAGAAAUACAAACUGAUUUAUGUUCGAAAAUUAAUCCUAUCGUCAUUAAUUCUAAUGAGGAUUUCAGUGACGACAGUGACGAGUUUUUUUCCAACGAAGAAUCUGACGAAGACAUAUGA